AUGGUCAACCCGCCAUUUGGUGUCUCCGAUGCCGCCAUCGCCUCCGCCACUGAGACCAGGUCUCAGGGCUUCCCCAAGCCCACACGCCCCCACAUUACUUCCAUGUUUUCUGGCUCGGGCAAGGUGCCGGGCUCGAAGGAGUAUGCUGAGAGCAAGGCCGUCGCUGAGGCCCUUUUGGGUGCCCUACACACAGUCUCCAUCUCCGGUCUUUUCGUUUCAACGAGGGUUGUAGGUCUACGGAUACACUUAGACGAAAGUCUACUGGGCCUGUGGAAGGGAGAGGACAAUGCCGUGCUACCCGGGGGUACGUGA